AACAUAUACUAACAUGACAAAUCAGUUUUGUCAUAUAUCUUCUCUGCUCAACCUAAGUUUUAGAAUCAGAUUCCAAAAGCUUAGUCUAUAACUUUUAUCGUAUAACCUUUCGUGUUCUUUUGACCAAACACAUAUCAGAGAACAUCGUUGCUCUUUCGUCCCAUGUCGGAAAAGCAGAAGCAAUGUUGUGUUGUGAUGCGGAUUAGUUUGGAUUACAAUUCAUGUUGUAGAAAAGUUAAAAGGAUUCUCAUCAAUAUGAAAGAGGUUGAUACACAAAUGAUCGAGAAAAAGGAAGACCGGAUCAUUGUUUGUGGACGAUUUAGACCGUCAGAUGUUGUAGUAAAACUGCAGAAGAAGAUGAAACGGAGGGUUGAGAUUCUUGAAGUCGAAGAUCUCACCGGCGGCCACGGCAGAGAUGAAGGAUUCCAUGACCAUGAGCCACCAUAUGAACAGGGGCAUGAAUAUUCCGAACAACAACCUGAUCACAUGACCACACCAUUAUUGUCUUGGUUUCCUUAAAAGUCGUUUGAACAUUUUUAUCAUCCAACAUACAUAAACAUCCUUUAGCAAAAAAAAAAACAUGCAUAAACAUUUGUAAAAAGCAUUGAAAGAAACAAAGGGAAUAUAUACAAAAGUGAUCCAUCAUAAUCCAAAAUACAAUCUCUUAAAAUAUGAUAUGUGAUCUGCUCAGGACAAAAAAUUAUAUAG